CGAAAGUCACCAAGUUUCGUUGUACGGACAUUAAGUCAAAUUUUACAUGUACUCUGUAUUUCCCUAAAAGACGACAUGUCGCACAAGAAAGCGCUUACUUUGCUUGGCUCCAAGAGACCUAUCUACAUCCUUGCAACUCGAUGUUUCUUUUCCACCGAUUCUGCAAGCAAAGUUAGCAACUUGAAGAACACAAACCACUUUGAGUUGGUUGAAAUGAGUGGUUGGUCAAGGGUGGUACUGACUCCUGAUCCAAGCACAUCUUUGGCCCAUUGUGUCAGUGCAGACUUUGACAUGAGUGAUGGUAUCGCUAAGAAGUUUAAAAAGAAGUUUGGGAAUUAUCAGGAUCUUGUCACAAAAGGUCUGUAUUUUCAAGAAGAAGGAAAAGUGGGUGACAUUGCUGUGUUGGAGAGAAAUGAAUCAAGCUUUGUGUACUAUUUGAUCACCAGAGAAAACUGGUGGGACCAUGCUACACCCUCAUCAAUGCGCGGCUGUUUGAUGCAGUUGAGGAAGCACUGCCAGGAGAAUGGAGUUGAUAAGUUGGCUAUUCCCCGCUUAGGGACUGGAGCAGACAGAAUUGACUGGCCUUUUGUAAAGAGAAUUGUAGAAGAAGUUUUCAAGGAAACAGACAUUUCAAUUACGGCAUACACAUACAGAUAGUCUUUCCCAUGUGACAUAAAUAAUAUUGUUCAUUUACUGAUAUUAACCCUUUAGGCUACAAUAGUGACCAGCAUCUAAUUUCUCCUAACAAUAUCAUUGCCUGAUCAAAUGUACAGAUCAUGAGAAUGAAUGAAAUGAUUACCAAAGAUGAAAUGUCUUGAUGUUUGU